UCACCUGAAGACAGGUUGCGACUCGGCAUUUAUACACAUCCUACCAAUCCAACAGAGUAGAAUACCUGUCUGCAGUGCCCAUAACCAGUUUUAUCCCCUGGGGUGCCCAUAACAGUUGAAAGUCCUUACUGAUUCGGUGGAAUAGGAGUCGACUGCAAGAACACAAAUUUGGAAGCACUUUCGCCUUCACUUACAUCGCCAACAAUUCGUUGCCUCCUCUCGCGAAACUCGUGCCCGUUGACGCAGCAUUAGUUCGUGGGAGGUGCCAUCCAUCCGAAUGUGUUGGGGCAUCACAUACCUCCUCCGUGUUUGGGAGUGAACCUGACUCGUUCGACAUAAUCAGGUCCGAGAACCAUACUCUCAUUCGCCCACGUCCUGAUCUGCUCAUGGUGUGAAGGAGCAAAGUAAUGCCCCUUUCCAACCCAGACGGGAUCGCCGAGCGGCGUCAGGAUUAGUCCAAUGUUCGGCCACAUAAGGCCGGGUUCAGGUCCUCCUGCAAAGAUGUAGCCAGCUGACAAUUCUUCAAGGUUGCCUCCAACAGUCACUUUAGCGCGGGGGUAGGCAGAUGGGAGGGUCCUGACCAGAACAGGUGCAAAGCCAGGCUGACAGAGCUCAGAGGACAUAUCACCUGCAUGAACAGUUGGGGAUGUAGUACUCGCUCUUUAUAGCUGUAGACUCCUUUUCGUCACAGUCGAUGUCGUUGUGGUCGCCACCGUCCACUUUUCUCUUUCCCUCAUGAAUAGCAGAGAUGCCUGACAGCCAAUCGACAUCUUGAGCCUUUCUGAAGAGUUCCAGUGUCUCGGGUGAAGAAGGCUCGUCAAUGGCAUUCUUUUGCGUCUUCGCCCCUUUGUAUGUAUCCAUCUUGUUCCACGACAUGGUAAAGCACCACGAGGAGGAAGGCAAGGAGUAUUCCCCUUGACUUUGAAUUCCUUUCUCUACUGUCACUCGAACAGACUCACCAGGUGUGAAAGGGGCGUCUGGCGUGAAAUACACAGUUCGGCCGUCGCUCAGAAGCUUCGUGUUUCCCGUGUGGUUGCCGGAGGCGUCGCCUUGCACACUUAUCUUGUCCUUGAUGCUGCCUUUAUCCACCUUGUCCUUCGGCCUGAAGGCAAUUCAUGUGUACGGAGAGACGAGGACGGCGUUCGAGAGGGGAUGAGCAUAGACAAAGGGCGUCUCCCUCCUCAGAGCCUCCAGGUCGACAGAGGGCUCGAGGGUGUUCUUCGGGUCGUCUGCGUCUCUGAGGUUCGGCGGUCCCGCCCUGGGGUCGAUGCCAGCGGCUUUGAGAGACCGAAGCAGCUGUUGCGCGUUCCGAUCUGCCACCUCUUCGUCACUGAUAGCGUGGCAAUGUCGCACGACGUGUGUCGCACGCCCCUCUCAAAUACAAUAAAGACACACAGGCCAUUGGGGUUCAAUUCGGAACUGUUCGGAGAGGGAGAAGCAAUUUGUUAUAGGGGUCAGAGCGCCCACGACUGAC